UUUGGCCCCUGCGAUUCACCGUCGCCCGGGCGGAGGCCGCAGAUAGUUGAGAUGAUGGCGUCGGGAACGCCGGAUUCGCAAGCGAGAUUUGGUCAGUCAGUGAAGGGACUUCUCACCGAGAAGGUGAACACCUGUGGAACUGAUGUGAUCGCGCUUACCAAGCAAGUGCUGAAGGGCUCCCGGAGCUCCGAGCUGCUAGGUCAGGCAGCUAGAAACAUGGUCCUACAGGAAGAUGCCAUCUUGCACUCGGAAGACAGUUUACGGAAAAUGGCAAUAAUCACAACACACCUUCAGUACCAGCAAGAAGCUAUUCAGAAGAAUGUUGAACAGUCAUCAGACCUACAGGACCAACUGAAGCAUCUGUUGAAAUAGACUCACCUAGAAGAUGGUGAUAGCACUUCUUUGUCAGAUGCUAAGGAGGAAACAUCUUGCACAACUGGCUUUCAUUUUCCAUUUUCAUCUCUAAAGUUAAGUUAGAAAAGAUUGAUGUCAAUGUAGUUUCUCCUGCAAAGUAGUGACCUGGAUGAGCUUUGGAAGCACUUCUUCCGUUGAACCAACCUAUGCUCUUCAUGGGCUUUUUUUUGGUACCAGGGAUUGAACUUGGGACCUUGUGCUUGUGAGGCAGGCAGCGGAACCACUGAGCUAAAUCCCUGGCACUUCAUGUAUUUUUAAGUUGCUCUGUUUAUUUGAUAUUAAAGCAAGAUUGAAAGUCAUCUUAGUUUUUGCCUUGGAUUUUUAAUAUGUCAAAAAACAUAUUGUCUAAGUCAAUCCUUAACAAAUGCUGAGUAAAGUUUUACAUUCAGAAAUAGAGCUUCCAGCUAGGUAUGGUGGUACCAGGAGCCUGCAGUCCCAGCUACCUGGGAGGUGAGGCGG